CUCAAACUCAAUCUCAAACUUAAACUCAAAAUUUGACUUGAGAUUUUUUUUUGACUCAGUUGAGAUCCGACUCAAUUUGGUGAUCACGAAAUAUUUUGAGACCGUUCUCAGCCGAGUUUUAAACUCAGUCUCAACUAUUAUCGAUCUGCAUUCGCGUAAGCGGUUAUAUUCCGCUAAAUACUCUUCAACUGGAAGAUGAACCGCGAGCUUAUGUCAUCAUCGGGGUCGUCUGUGGCCAAAACAACGCAAAAUGAACGAGUUGAAGAAGCGCUCGAACAAUUGGACCGAUUCAGAGCGGCACUCCGCUCUGUCAACAAUACUGAAUCAACAUGAUUCACUUUUUGGAAAGUUCAAAGGGGCCACUCUCGGAAAUAAGGCCAAGGAGGCCAAAUGGGAUGAGAUCGUAAUGGAAAUAAAUUCCUGUGGUGGUACACGCAGAACUGUGGAAGAGGUCCGGAAGAUGUACCAGAACUCAAAGCAACGGGCAAAGGAGAAAUUCUUUCGCAGCCAAAAGACUGGGGGUGGACCUGGAGAGCAGUUUUCAGCAUGCGAUAAUUUGCUUCUAGACAAACUAAAGGACACAAAUGUUCUGACUGGCAUUGCUGGCGGGGUUGAGAGUGGGUCCUACUCAUUCAUCAUUGAGAACGAUCAUGACAGCUCUCAACCUGGAACUGGUGCAUGUGGCAGGAUCAAUGAAAACAUUACAUCUGUGGAAUGUAUACAGACUACAAGUACCUGUGCAAGUGACAGUGCUUUGAUGUCUUCGUCAACAGAUGAAGUUCCAUGUGUAUUUGCAGAGAAAAUGCAGAGGAAAUCUCGAAAACGAUCAACUGAUGUGGACGAACUGUAUGAGCUGGAAAAGAAGAGAGCUAGAGUAGAACUGCAGUUGGCCGAGAACCGAGUAGCCCAUGAGAAUGAGUUAUUUGAACUGAAAAAAGCAAUACUUGAAAAAAACCUUGAACAAGUGUUUAGCAAUAGUUCUAUCAUACCAUUUAAUGAAUUGUAAACCCUUUAUUUAUUCAAUUUUCUGU